AUGGAGAAAUUAGAAGUCAAUGAUGGCCAAGAGAGGGUUGCAAAUCUCCUCAAUAAUCUCGAUAAGGAUAAGAAGCAGGAGGAGUUUAGGAGAGGUGGUGGUUUGCCUGAAUCUAGUGCAUUAGACAGGGUGAAGGAGUUUCUGCCUGAGAUGAAAAAAUCCAAUGAAAGUACGUUAAAGAGUAUGGAGGAUGUGGGUGAAGAGGAUAAGCAUAUAGAGAUGAAUAUAUAUAAACCAUCUAUUUGA